AUGGCACCUUCUGCAAUUGCCAUUGAUCAGCCAGGUACCACUACUACUUUGACUAACAACUUAAUCGAUAAGAUCGACUGUCCUGAUAUCAAUCAUGGCCUUGAAUCUGACGUGACUGGCUUUGCCUCUAAGGCUCUAAUUCAGAAAGUCCUCAAGGAGCAAAUUGCUCGCAUUAACGUGGACACCUGCGAACCCGGCGAGGAAGAUGCAUUCUAUGUGGCGGAUCUGGGAGAAGUCUACCGCCAGCAUCUCCGCUGGAAAAUGAACUUGGCCCGAGUCAAGCCGUUUUAUGCGGUCAAAUGCAACCCGGACAAGGAAGUGCUUCGCCUGUUGGCCAAAUUGGGCACCGGGUUUGAUUGUGCGUCCAAGGCUGAGAUCGACUUGGUGCUCAGCCUUGGCGUUCCGCCUAGCCGCAUCAUCUACGCCCAACCGUGCAAGACCAAGUCCUACCUCCGCCACGCGCAGAGAGUCGGCGUUACACUCAUGACCUUUGACAACACCGACGAAUUGUACAAGAUCAAGGAAUGCUAUCCAAAAGCUGAACUCGUCCUCCGCAUCCUGACCGACGACUCGGCCAGCGCUUGUCGUUUGAGCACGAAAUACGGCGCGAGCUUGGAAUACGCGGAAGAAUUGCUUCACCGUGUCAAGCAUUUGAACUUGAACCUCGUCGGCGUCAGUUUCCACAUCGGCUCUGGCGCCAGCGAUCCGAACUCCUUCGGCAAGGCCGUCAAGGACGCACGCGGCGUCUUUGACCAAGCAGCGACGCUAGGCUUCGAUCUCAAGUUGCUCGACGUCGGGGGUGGCUUUGUGGACGAAACGUUCGAGACUUUCGCCGGAAACCUUAACGAAGCUCUGGAGGAACAUUUCCCUACCAAUGUGCGUAUCAUUGGGGAGCCCGGCCGGUACUACGCCUCCAAUGCCUUCACCUUGGCUGCGAAUGUGAUAGCUCGACGAGAGGUUGCGGUGGACCACGAAGGAGGUAAGGGGUACAUGCUCUACCUGAACGACGGGGUCUACGGCAACUUCUCCAACAUCAUCUUCGACCACCAGCAUCCUGUGCCGCAGGUCCUUGCCCGACCGAUUGCGAACGAACUUCCCGUCGAAUACUCGAUCUGGGGCCCGACCUGUGAUGGAAUCGAUGUCAUCACAGACCGGUACUUCCUCCCCGGGGUGAUUGAAAUUGGCGACUGGCUGUUCUUCGAGAAUAUGGGGGCUUACACCAAGUGCUCGGCCACCAAGUUCAAUGGGUUCAGUGAUGACCACGAGGUCAUUUACAUUUCCAGCGAGCCUGGUGCCUCUGCAUUGCUAGGUUAUUGA